UGGAGCGGGGGGUGCCCGGCGUGGCCAAACCGCACGGGGCGCCGAUGCCUCCUGCCAGGGGAGCGCACAAGUGACCGGCGCCUCUUCCCAUGUCUAUCUCCUGAAGCGACUCCCUCCCCCGCCCCCCCGCCCGGCAUGGAUGUGGCCAACAACACUACCUCCCCAGCGCGCUCCCCCGAGGAAACAAGCGGCCCCGGCCUCGCCGAGGUGACCCUGGGCUACCAGGUGCUCACCUCCCUGCUCCUGGGCACACUUAUCCUGUGCGCCGUGAGUGGCAACGCCUGCGUGAUCGCAGCUAUCGCCCUGGAGCGCUCCCUGCAAACCGUGGCCAACUAUUUGAUCGGCUCGCUGGCCGUCACCGACCUCAUGGUGUCCGUGCUGGUGCUGCCCAUGGCGGCCCUCUACCAGGUGCUGAACAAGUGGACGCUGGGGCAGGUCACCUGCGACAUCUUCAUCUCGCUGGACGUGCUUUGCUGCACCUCUUCUAUCCUGCACCUAUGCGCUAUCGCCUUGGACAGGUACUGGGCCAUCACGGACCCCAUCGACUAUGUUAACAAGCGAACUCCCCGGCGGGCGGCCGUGCUCAUCAGCCUGACCUGGCUUAUCGGCUUCUUGAUAUCCAUCCCGCCCAUGCUGGGCUGGAGGACGCCGGAGGACCGCUCGAACCCCGACGCCUGCACCAUCAGCAAGGACCACGGGUACACCAUCUACUCCACCUUCGGCGCCUUCUACAUUCCGCUUCUUCUCAUGCUGGUGCUCUACGGUCGCAUCUUCAAGGCGGCACGCUUUAGGAUCCGCAAGACAGUCAAGAAAGCAGAGAAGAAAAAAAUCGCCGACACCUGCCUCACCCUCUCUCCGGCCACCGUGAAGAAAGGCAACGGGGAGCCCGGCAAGGGCUGGCGGCGGACUGUAGAGCCCAAACCCGGCGCUUGUGUCAACGGCGCGGUGCGGCAGGGCCAGGACGGGACCGCCCUGGAGAUCAUCGAGGUCCAGCACUGCAACAGUUCCUCCAAGACUCACUUGCCGCUACCCAGCGAGGCGUGCGGCUCCCCACCGCCGCCCUCCUUCGAGAGCCGCAACGAGAAGAACACGGAAGCUAAACGGAGAAUGGCUCUGUCCCGGGAGAGGAAGACUGUCAAGACCCUGGGCAUCAUUAUGGGCACCUUCAUCCUCUGCUGGCUGCCGUUCUUCAUCGUGGCCCUGGUCCUGCCCUUUUGUGACAGUAAGUGCUACAUGCCCGAGUGGCUGGGGGCAGUCAUCAACUGGCUGGGCUACUCCAACUCCCUUCUCAACCCCAUUAUCUAUGCCUAUUUCAACAAAGACUUCCAAAGUGCUUUUAAGAAAAUUAUCAAGUGCAAAUUCUGCCGGCAGUGAAGCCCACCACUCCGGGACGGGGCAAGCGGGGUCCUGUUACUUCCUCCACCCGCCUGCCCCGAGCCGCAGUGUGCCCCCGCCCAGCCCCUGCGCAGCGCCGUCCGAAGGGCGGGGGACUCCGGCUUCCCCGCUCCGCGCAGCGCGCCCGAGUCACUCUCUCUACGCCCGCUGGACAAGCCCCCCGGAUCAGGGCAGGGCUCCGCUGGGGACGCCCAGCCCGGCAGGGCUCCGUGGCCGCCCUCGUCUCUCCGGGCCUCCGUUGCCGGGUGCCGGCGCUCCCGCCUCCCUCCCACUCUCCAUCAUUCUGGGUAGACUUAGGGUUUGCAGGUCGUUGCUUGUGGUGGCUGUAAACCACAGCGUCUGCCCGAGUAGCAUCGGUAAAACAAAACCACCCUAUGCAGGAAACCGCCGUGUUGGGGAUUAUUCUUGGAUUUACCAGGCGACGGCGGUGGACUGAGUCCGACCUCGGUCUGGCAGUGUGAGUAUGGGGGCUGAAGGCGACUCCUCGAGCGGAGGAAGGAGUUUGGGGCGCGUUGCUUCCCUGUUUGUGAAACCCUCAAGUGGAUGUUCUUGGGGGAAAAGCACCCGUGUUUGGUAAUCUUGCAAAGUUCUUAAAGCAAUGUCCCCGUCUGCGUUACGUGUGCCUGACAGCUCUCCUGGUAUGCUAAGACCUUCCAGUUCACCGGGGUUCCCUUUGUUACAACAGAGGGAAUUGAUGGGACUUAAAACCCCAACCGCACGCCUCAUUAUACAUGGAGAUUUAUGGGGAUUAUUUUUUUUAAAUGCCUUUGACCGAGUGUUUCCCAGCAAGGAAAGGCUUGGCGCCAUGCGACUGUCCCUGAGUUCACCGCGCACACAACGGCACAGGGAGUUUAAGCAGCCUGCGAAGUAGCGUUUUCUUUCUUUUUUUUUUUUUUUUUUUCCCUUCCGUAAGCCGCUUGAAAGUUUCUCCUGAGACAUUGCGGUUGCUUCGGAGGCAGUCAGCUGCGGCACAUUUCGCUCGGGGGAAAAAAAAAAAAAAAGAGAAAGAAAGACAAACAACAACAAAACGAUCCAAACCGAUCAACCAAAACAUUGCCAUGUGCUCCGUGGCGGUAGGGGAGGGGCCGAGAGCAUCAGCCAGCGGCAGUCGCAAGUGGGGAAAACAGCAUCUCGGCGCAGACUGGAAAGGGACAGGCUCUCUCCUCUUCCGGGCGAGUCCCGGCGAGGGUAAGCACGACCUUCCCCGCAAUCUGAUAGCCACGGCCAGAAGAAGGCAGUGUCCUGAGGGUUCUCCUUGCCUGACCUGGCCGGUCCCCGCGGCGGAUCUGUAAGCCUCUGCUCGCAAAGAGUCCCCGCUCUGCCGCUAGCCCAGCUUCUUGGCCCCGGGAAACCCGGUGUACGUCCCCUUCCCCGCCUGGCCCGGGGCUGGGGCAGGACUGCGUUGCCCGCCGCACAGCCCCUCUGCCCGUCCUGCCCCCCUGCCCCUCCGCUGCCGUGCCCAUGCCUCUCCCUCCGGCUGCGGCCGGCACCUGGGGCCGCUUUCGGCCCGGGAAGGAGGGGUAGGCACUGGGCCGGCUGCCGCUUACCCCUGCGACGGGUUGCCUGGAAUGAAUGCUUGACCAAAUAUAUAUAUAUAUACACACAUAUAUUUUUCCUGUUUAUUUUUGUGUAAUCUGUGUUGCUUGUAAGUAAAAGGGAAUGUGAAAUAUGUGUGUCACGUGAAUGUAAGUGUCCAGUAAUUUCUGAACUUCAACCGCUUACAUUAAACGAAAACAGUGCUUUUGACAACCUCG